AAUUUGUUUUUUGCAGCAGCAUGUUGUGUCUGGCUUUCUUGCUCGCUAUUGCCGUCGGAGCUAUCUAUGCCCUUCUGGAUCAACACUACUCGUACUGGCGCCGACGUCAUGUGCCUGGCGAGCGGCCUCGUUUCCUGUUGGGUAACAUGGGCGGGUUAGGGCGUCACUGGCACUGGACUGACAUCGAUUGGAGGAUUUAUCAGAGGUUUGCGGGACGAGAGCGUUUCUGUAGCUUUUACACAUUUCUCACAAAGGCACUGUUCCUGCUUGACCUGGAACUGAUCAAACGGAUAAUGAUCAGCGAUUUCAAUAGCUUUGCCGAUCGCGGUCUCUUUCACAAUGUACGCGAUGAUCCGCUGACGGGCAAUCUACUCUUCCUCGACGGGGAACAGUGGCGUUGGCUGCGUCAGCAUUUGACUCCAGUGUUCAGCUCCGGCAAGAUGAAGUUCAUGUUUCCUACGAUGGUCCAAGUAGCAAAGCAGCUAGCACUGAGCGCUGAGCAGCAGCUGGGAGAAUUUGAGGCCAAGGAUUUGUGUGCACGCUUCACCACCGAUGUGAUUGGCAGCUGCGCCUUUGGCCUCGACUGCAACAGCUUGGCAAAUCCGCAAUCGGAAUUCCGUGAAAUGGGUCGAUCCAUAACGGAACGGCCACUGCAUCAAGGUGUCGUUCAGGCCUUCAUGUUCUCCGAACCGCAGCUGGCGCGGCGACUCCGGUUGCGACUCUUUCGGCCCGAGGUCAGCCGAUUCUUCAUGGAGACGGUGCGCCAAACGCUGGACUAUAGAAAGCGAGAGCACAUCAAGCGCAACGAUCUUAUCCAGCUGCUCAUCGAGCUGGGUGCGGAGACCGAGGAGGACAAAUUGAGUUUCGAGCAGAUUGCCGCCCAAGCCAUGGUAUUCUUUCUAGCCGGCUUUGAUACCUCCUCGACGACAAUGUCAUUUUGUCUGUACGAACUGGCACUCAAUCCUGAGAUACAGCAGCGCCUACGACUUGAAAUAAAGGAGACAUUAAAGCGUCACGGGGAACAGCUGAGUUAUGAGUGCCUGCAGGAGAUGACCUACCUCAAUCAGGUCGUCGCGGAAACAUUACGCAAAUAUCCAAUUCUGCCGCAUCUGCUGCGACGCACCACAAAAGAAUACCAAGUACCAGGAUGCAGUCUAAUCCUGGAGAAGGGCAUUCGUGUUAUGAUACCCGUGCAUAGCAUACACCAUGAUCCAGAGAUUUAUCCAGAUCCCGAACGCUUUGAUCCCGAUAGAUUUGAGGUGGAGGCAAUUAAAUCGCGACAUCCGUUUGCAUAUUUGCCUUUUGGCCAAGGACCUCGUGCCUGCAUUGGUGAGCGUUUUGGCCUGAUUCAGGUGAAGAUUGGCAUCGCCACCCUGCUGCAUCAUUGUCAGAUUCAGAGCACGCCGAGAACUCAGAUUCCAUUACGAUUUCAAAAGAAGAAUUUUCUAAUUGCAUCCGAGUCGGGCAUUCAUUUGAAAAUCGAACGAUUUGCAGCUGACUAAGCAUAAAUUGUGUUUUUUUUUUUUAACAUUUGUGUAACUCAUUUUAAGUUAUCUUAAACUUGUUGCUGUAACACAUUAAUUGUCAAAAUAAAACAAAAUUCCAUCCAUAACCUA